UGAUACACAAAGCAACUCAAACUCAAACCGGGGUCGUUUUUAUGAACAGAGUCGUGCAACAGCGAAGAGAACAGCGGUAAUCGGUGUGCAGGAAUGUCAGAAGCUAGUUUUGACUUGGAGAAGAAUGCCUCACAGGAAAAACAGUCGGAUCCUAAUGAACAGAGCUGCCAAAACACUGCUGACUCUCUGAGCCAAUCAAAGGCCAGAAAAAACAGCCUGGAUGAAACGCAGAUGACUGAAAUUGACAUCAGUGAGAACGAAGAGGUUGAAAACCACAGUAAUACUCUCAGUGAGGAUGAUGGUGAUGAAGAUGAGGAUUCUGAGGCCCAGAGUAAAACUAGUGGAGUCGUUCAAGAUAAUGCUGAUUUUCAAAGAACGAGCAGUGUGGCAACCGAAGCUGAUGUGAAGGUGGCUAUGGCAGAGGAGGCCCACAGAAGCCCGGCUGCUCAAAUCUCAGUCACCAGAAACGGAGAAGCAGACAAGAGUCACGAGGACGUGUUUCAGAGGGAUAUGUCACAUGUCUCCUCUGGACCAGUCACAUCGCACUUCCACAAUUCACCUGAAAACUAUGCAAUGACUGAAGGAGUGGUACAAGUGGGACCAAAUGCAGGGUCGCCACCGCAGGCCAGCACACCUCGAGUUGUGGCAAGUCCUGCAGCAGCCAGUCGGCUCGCUCGCAGCAUCAGCGAUAGUCAGGUGGAGAUACAGAAAGGUGCUUUGAGAGAGCAGCAGAUGGGAGGUGCAGUGGUUCUUGCUGAUGAUAUAAAGAGUCCUGCAAUAGAGAAACUGGAGCUGGUGAGGAAGUGGAGCAUCAACACUUACAAAUGCACAAAGCAGAUUUUGUCAGAGAAGUUAGGCCGUGGCUCCCGCACAGUUGAUCUGGAGCUGGAGGCUCAGAUUGAUGUUCUUCGAGACAACAAGCGCAAAUAUGAGCAUGUGAUCAAACUGGCACAGACCCUGUGCUCUCAGCUGGAGCAGAUACUGUUGACGCAGAGGCAGCUCGGGGACGCGUUUGCUGACCUUAGUCUCAAGACUCCUGCGCUACAUGAGGAAUUUGGCUACAACGCUGAAACCCAAAAACUCCUGGCAAAGAAUGGAGAAACUCUGUUAGGAGCGAUCAGCUUCUUUAUCGCCAAUGUUAAAACUCUAGUGGAUAAAACUAUAGAGGACACCCUAAUCAACAUUAAGCAAUAUGAAGCGGCAAGGAUUGAGUAUGAUGCGUAUCGCACAGAUUUAGAGGAGCUCAAUCUGGGUCCACGGGACGCAAACACACUUCCCAAGAUCGAACUCUCCCAGCAACAGUUCCAGAUCCACCGUGAAAAAUAUGAGAAAAUGCGCAAUGACGUCUCUGUCAAACUCAAGUUUCUGGAGGAAAACAAGGUGAAGGUUUUACACAACCAGCUGAUUCUCUUCCACAAUGCCAUCGCAGCAUACUUCGCAGGCAACCAACAGCAGCUGGAACAGACCCUUAAACAGUUCCACAUCAAGCUAAAGUUACCAGGGGGAGAAACCCCAUCCUGGCUCGAGGAGCACUGAUUGAGUCAGAUGGUUUGGUUCACAACUCUGCACACAUUUAAAGGGAUAGUUUACCCCUAAAAAAACACAAAUUCUUUCAUGUACUCAUCCUCCACUUGUUUCAAACCUGUUUGAGAUUCUGUCUUCUGUUGAAAAUAAAAGUAAGACGUAUUGAAGGAUGAUGGAAAAAACAGCCAUUCACUUCCAUGGUAUUUUUUGGUUCCUACCAAUAUUCUUCUGAAUAACUUGUUUUGUGUUCAACAGAAGAAAGAUAUUCAUACAGUUUUAAAACAACUUGAGUGUGAGGAAGUUAACAUUUGUUGAACUAUCCCUUUUAAAAAAUGCACUCCAUGAGGAAACCAAAUUAAAAAAAAAGCAAAAAUGUCUCCCGUCACUCCUUUCCCUUUUUACUCUUUUCAGGACACUAAAACCUGUCAAUGAAUGUAUGCGACAGGAAACCGUUUUUGAUAAAAGAGAAAUAUUUAGCUCCUCGCUUUGUUCUUGCUAUGUCUGACUUUACACUUGAAGUUUAGGUUUUAAAUAAAUGCUUCUUUUGUCUAAGAGUUUGCGCUCUCUUGUGCAGCAAAAAGAAAACAAUCUUGUUGUUUUUGAAUCCAGUUACCAGCACUUUAUGGUAUAAGAGAUGCAGACAAAUUGAUCAGGAAGACAUGGGAAGAAUGUUUAGAGCCUUUAAAGUAGUUUUUUGACAAAUAUGAUUAAAAUUCUAACCAGUUUUGGACUUAAAAAAAAGACUUGAGUCUAAACGAAUAUAUGCCUUUUCUAGAACAUCCUGGUGUCCACCUCUCCUGUCCUUUCUUAUGUACUGUAAUUGCGUAAUUGUUGUAUUGUCAUCACAUAUAAUAGUAUAAUCUUCACACACACUGCCGUCUUCGAGGGCAUGUUGAUCUGAAAUAUUAACUAUGCUGCAUUUACAAAAAAAUCAAAAAGGGCAGGUUAGAAAUUCUCAGUCUUUGGCAUUUUACCUUUUGUAGAUCCCAUGGGAAGGGAACGGGGCUUCAUUUCUGACUUGAUGUGCCUUGCUCUUUGUCAAUCCUCAAUUCUAAUCCUCUUCAGUGUUUUCGGGAGGAGGAGAAAAAAAUACUUCCACUGUCAUCAUUUAGACCACAGAAUGGACCAAUAAGCACAGCCCUGGAUAAUCACACAUGCAUAUAAACCAGCACACUCUAUUUAACUUGAAACUACAAUCCGUGUUAUCUUUCUUUUGUUUUAUUGAGUUAAAAAAGAACAUUGCAUUCCAUUUCCUAAGCCAGGAAACUAUUUUGUACAAAAUGUAAACCAAAUUGAUUUGUCAUGAAAUAGGAUGUCUGCUGCCUCCGCUGUUUGUAUGUUUUGUUAGUUGUUGUUGUUGUUUUUCUUUUUGGUGGAAGCUAUUCUGAAUCAUUCCCCUCUAAUUAUUGUAGUGUCUAAUGAGUUUAACUCUGUAGACAAAAAAAAAAGCUGUAACAUUUGGUUAUUCCAUUACUAAUCCAUUUUAGAUUUACCCAUCUAAAGGAAUUCUGCCAUGGCAGGAAUUUUGUGUGUGGGGAAAAUAUGAAAGUAUGAAAAUAUGAAUGUAGAACAAAGUAAUAUAAAACUAUAUAUAUAUUGAUGCCAAAUGGGAUGUUAAGUUUGACUUUUAUUCACAAUACAAAAUUAUGCAGUUGUUUAUUCUUGGAGAAGCUUAAAUAGUCUCAUACCUGUGUUGCUUCUUUUUAUUUGAUGUACAACUAACUAACUACCUUCAUUUUCUGUGUGACGUUUCAGUUCUGUCCUCACAGCAGACAGACACCAAUGUACAGUAAACGUAUAAGAACUGACUGACAUGCAUAGACACAUCUAUAUAUUUGUAAAAUCUUGUAUUUUACCUUGGGUAUAAAGGAAUUUUGCUGUGUGCUUUUUGAGGAUUUGUUGAUUAACAAAUGGAAUGGGUGUUUAAGGGCAAAAAAAGACACUGUUCUGAAUGUUGAAUCGUGGGAGACAAUAAAACUUUUCAUUCUUA